AUGCCUGGCAGGCCCCGGUACACUCAGAGAGGGUUGGGUGAGGAGCUAACAACCCCUCAACAACAAGUUUAUUACGAAACUCGGAAGGAGCCUCCGAUAGGACGGACUUUUCGACAGAGAUCCAUGUUCCUGGAGCGAGCUGAAGGAGAAUCGCCAGGACUGGAGGAGCCGAGUAAGCUUUCAUCCGAUCACAAUGCCAUAGCUGUAGUCACAGAGUUGGAAGAGGCGAGCUUAGCAGUAGACGGUGACCAGGAAGGGGGCAACGGCCUCGAUUCUCAUCCUUGGUCAUCAAGAGGAGGCAACAUUCUUGACACACUUUCUGGUAAUGAUUUGCUGAACUUGUUCACCAAGGUAACCAACAAGGGAAAGUACGUCCUCCACAUAAUCUGGUCCUUCGAGAGUACAAUCAGCACCGAAGAGGUUACCUUAAGGCCCCAAGAAGCAAGUCCACAGGAAAAAGAUUGUACUCUCCCACCGAAGAAGGAAGUGUUCCCAAGGGCUUCAGCUGUCUCGACAGGGAAGCAAAACACGGUGAAUUUUGAUCUCCCAAGAAGUAAGACAACGAUCAGAAGACAUCAUGGAACAACUCAAGAUCCUACACAGGUCCCAGUUAAGGCGAUUCUGAACGAGAUCGAUGUGCAGGCCGCAGCUUGUGAAAAGAUUCUGGUGCAAAUAGAAACUGAGGCUGCCAAGGAAUCUCCUGAGAUUCAGGAGAAAGAAUACAAGGAUGGAGAAGCCCUCUGGGUCAGAAUUUCCGAGUUGAGGUGUGAAGCGCAUGUCGCGUUGACAGAAUUGCAGCCAAAUAACUCUCAAGAUGUUCCUAACGUAUCGACAAAUGACAGUGCCAAUUCUCUUGAAGAAAUCAUGAAGAGAGUCUUCACUCAACAAGAACGAUCUCUGCAGGCUAGUAGGACUAAGCUACCACAGCUGGAUUUGAUGACCUUCUCUGGGAAUUACACAGAUUGGCAGGGCUUCAAGGAUAUGUUUGAAGUUACAAUACACAAUAACAAGUCCUUGUCCAAUGUAGAGAAGCUACAAUACCUUAGGUCGUCCUUGAAGGGGGAUGCUGUAUCUGAGAUUAAGAAUAUGGCUACCACAAGUGACAACUAUGAAACAGCGUGGAACAAACUCAAGGAACAAUUCGACAAGAAGCCACAAAUAGCAACAGCCCACAUUGAGCGCUUCCUGAAGCAGCAGCCGGUGAAAGAAGCAAAGAUUUCUCUGAUCAAGCAGUCUUACAAUGUCUACAAGGAUAGCAUCGAAGCACUGGAAAAAAUGGGCGAAGGAUACUCCGGCAAGGAUGUCUGGCUUGUGCAUUUGAUGCAAUCAUCAAUGGAUUCCGAGACUCGUAGACUCUGGUCACAAGAAGUUAAGCGUGGAGAUGUUCCAUCCAUUGCUAAAUGGUUCGAUUUCCUGAGAAGAAGGAUGGAUUCUCUUGAAGUCUAUGGAGAAACACAGGAAAGCCAAACUAGCAAGGAGAACAAGGGUUCCUAUUCCAAGAAAGAUAGGAACGAUGGCACCAUUAAGGCUCAUCAUACAGAGGAAGCCAAGUGUUUGAAAUGUAGCCAAGCUCAUCUAUUGUUUCAAUGUGAGAAAUUCGCGAAGUUGUCUGUGGAGAACAAGCGUAGUUUCGUGGCUGACAAGAACGUGUGCUUUAAUUGCUUGAAGGAAGGUCACCGUGCCAAGGAUUGUCGCAGCAAGGGAAGAUGUCAAAAAUGUCAUAAGAGGCAUAACACGCUGCUGCACGAAGAAACUUCAAGCUCGAAUUCCACAAUGAGUCCUGCAGUAGAUACACACAAGAAGACUUCAGACUCCGAAGCAGAGUCAACCAAGAAGGAUGCGCCUAAAGACACUCCUGUCUCAGUACAUCAUGUUGCCUCCACCACGAAGAUGAUUUUACUACCAACGGCAUUGGUGAAUGUUGAAGAUGCCAGUGGAGACCAGCAGACAUGUCGAGUCUUAAUUGAUCAGGGUUCUGAGUGUACUUUGAUCUCAGAAGCAUGCGCUCAAAGAUUGAAUUUGAGGCGCCACAACGCAAGACUUGCCAUCAAGGGGACAGGACAAGCAAAUGUUGGCUAUACGAAAGGUGCAAUUGAUCUCAAUGUCUCGUCACGAUACGAUAAGCACCAGAAGAUCGCAGUCAAGGCCUACAUUCUGGACAAAUUGACCAGCAAGUUGCCUGGACGAACCAUUACACUGGAUGAAAUGAAGCAUAUUGAGGGACUUACGUUGGCUGAUCCACAAUUCAACCAUCCUGCGAAGAUUGACAUAAUUCUUGGCAUGGAGUAUGCAUGGGAAAUCCACCUUCCGGACAAGAGAUCAGCACCAGGAUACCCUAUUGCGCAGCUGACCAUUUUUGGCUGGGUCUUAGGGGGAGUUGUCACUCAAAGUGCUGAGGAGACUUCAGUACAGGUGCUUCAUACACAUUGUGACAUUGAGAAUUCACUUAAAAGAUUCUGGGAAGCUGAGGAGGAGUUACCAGAAAGGAAAAUCCUGACAAAAGAAGAGCAGCUUUGUGAAGAUGAUUUCGUUGCAACACACAAGCGAGAUGAGUCAGGAAGAUUCACGGUCAAAUUAUGCUUCAAAACUGAUCGUGGGAAGUUUGGUAACUCUCUGCCGGCAGCUCAAGCACGAUUGUCUGUGAUGGAACGCAAGUUCAAGAAGUAUCCAGAGUUCCACAAACAAUACGCAGACUUCAUGGACGAAUAUAUCUCUCUCGGACACAUGGAGGAGGUUCCAGAAGACGAGAGAAUCAAAGAAGAGUCUUACAUCAUUCCACAUCAGGCCGUUGUUCGACCCUCAAGCACAACCACAAAAUUGAGGGUGGUCUUCGAUGCCUCAAGUAAGUCCUCCAGCGGUGUUUCUUUGAAUGAUGCAUUGGCUAUUGGACCUCAAGUCCAAGAUGAUCUUCUGUCAAUUAUGAUGAGGUUCAGAACGUACAAGAUUGCUUUCCAAGCCGAUGUUGAGAAGAUGUACCGGCAGGUACAAAUAGCUGCAGAAGACCAAGAUUUCCAAAGAGUGCUUUGGCGUCCGAAUCCCCAAGAGCCGAUGAAGUUGUAUCGGCUGAAGACUGUCACCUACGGCACUGCAAGUGCACCGUAUCUUGCCACAAGAACCUUGCAGCAAAUGGCAAUUGAUUCCAAGGAGACUUAUCCGGAAGCAAGUGCAGGGAUAGAAAGUGGGUUCUAUAUGGAUGAUUUGCUUUACGGAACCGAAACAGUGCAAGAAAGUGUUUGUGUCAGUGACCAAAUUAAGAAUAUUCUGCAAGGGGGAGGAUUUAUGCUACGAAAAUGGACGUCCAAUGCUAAAGAGGUCUUGCAGACAAAAGCUCAGGAUGAACUAGCUACCGUUGGCCAAGAUGAAGAAAAUGGAGUCGCAACUCUAGGUAUGAGGUGGCUCCCAACGGAAGACGUGAUGAAGCUAGAGCUUCACCUUCCUCAAGAAGUCAGAACUCGUAGAGCAUUUCUUUCGGAAGCAGCAAAAGUCUAUGAUCCCAUGGGAAUUAUAGCACCAGUUACAAUUACGUUCAAGAUGCUCUUCCAGAAGGUGUGGACAACAACAAAGAACUGGGACGAUGAUCUUUCUGAGGAAGAUCAGAAGGAGUAUGAUGUUAUAAGAAAGGAAUUUGAAUUGCUGAAAUCAGCCCAUGUUGAAAGAUGUCUUCCUCACAAUGGAGCCUUUAUGGAGUUACAUGCAUUUGCGGAUGCAUCAGAAAAGGCGUUUGGUGUUGUGAUUUACGCACGAAUGUUGAUUCAUGGUGAUUAUCACGUGUGUUUGUUCAUAGCAAAAUCUAAAGUUGCUCCAUUGAAGCCAACAUCAAUACCCCGAAUGGAACUCAAAGCUGCUUUGCUGCUUAGUGAAGUAGUCAAAAAGAUCAAGGACUCAUUCAUCCACUUGGAAGUGAAUGUUACAGCAUGGAGUGACUCAACCACUGUGCUUCAGUGGCUACAAUCCCAUCCCCGAAAGUGGCAGAAGUAUGUGGCUCAGAGAACUGCGCAGAUUCUAGAGGUACUUCCUCCACAUCAUUGGCGAUAUGUACCAAGCAAGCAGAACCCGGCGGAUUGUUUGUCACGAGGAGUCAAGCCCAGUGAAUUAGUUAGUCAUCCUCUUUGGUGGACGGGUCCGAAGUGGUUGUCCCAAGAUUCCAGUGCCUGGCCAGAAAACAAAGUGAUUGUUCCUGCUGAUACUGGCGAGGAGAAGAUAGUCAAGAAGAUGCUUGCCCACAUCACAAGGAAAUGUAAGUUUUCACUUUAUGAGUUCUUACAAGAUAUGUCAAGUUUCAGUAAGAUGGUGAGCAUUGGAGCUCAUCUCAUCCGGUUAAGUACGAAGAAAGAGGAGCGUCAAAAGGGUCCCCUAACUGUUCAAGAACGCAGAAGCUCUCUGAAACGUCUCAUCCGAGACAUCCAAGAAGAAUGUUUCAGUGAGGAAAUUUCCCGAUGUAGACAGGGGGAGCCAGUCCCGAAGGGAAGUCGACUUGUGAAGCUGGUGCCUUUCUUAGACGAUGACCAAAUUCUGAGGGUGCGAGGACGAUUGAGAUUUGCAAAUAUGAUGUACGACGCUCGCCACCCAAUAAUUCUCCCUGGAGGUCAUCGCUUUACUGAGUUGCUGAUAGAGUACUCUCACAAGAUACAUCUACAUGCUGGUUUCAAUCUGCUGACCAGUAUCCUACGCAGUGAAUACUGGAUUGUGGGAGGGAGAAAUGCGACCAGGAAAGUAUUGAACAAGUGCAUCAGAUGUUUCCAGCAUCGACCAACGCUCCAAUCACCGGUGAUGGCGAAUCUCCCAGCAGUUAGAGUCAAUCAGAUUCGCCCCUUCGUGAACACAGGAUGUGAUUAUGCUGGGCCGUUUGAGAUCAAGGCUUCAAAUCUUCGAAACAGCCGUUACGUGAAGGGAUACAUAUGUCUUUUCAUAUGUAUGACGACCAAGGCAGUUCACCUUGAAGCAGUUGGUGACCUGUCUUCUGAUGGAUUCAUCAACGCCCUGAAGCGAUUUGUUGCUCGACGAGGGUAUUGUCAAAAUAUUUAUUGUGACAAUGGUCGAAAUUUCGUCGGAGCCAGUGCUGCCACCAAGGAUGAUGAAGUGCGAAUGCGAGGAAAAGUCAGCAGAAUUAAAGAAGACAACGUCAAACCAGGAGAGUGGGCUCGAGGCAGAGUGAUGGAAUGUCAUCCAGGAAAGGACAACGUCACCCGAGUGGUGACUCUGAAGACAGCAGACGGAAUAGUCAAAAGAGCUGCAAACAAAUUGGCGAAAUUACCAAUUGAGUAA